CGCAGCGCACACGGUCACACUACUAUUUACACGCCCAAAAAAAUUCAAUCAAUUGAAACGCGAAGAAAAACACAAAUAUAACGAUGAAAACGCUGGAGAAAUGCGUCUUAUCUGCUAUUGUGCUAUGCUGCCUGCUGCAAGUGGGCCAGGCGAUCAAAUGCUGGGACUGUCGCAGCGAUAACGACCCCAAGUGCGGGGAUCCCUUCGACAACAGCACCCUGGCGAUCACCGACUGCCAGCAGGCGCCGGAGCUGGAGCACCUGAAGGGCGUGCGGCCGACGAUGUGCCGCAAGAUCCGGCAGAAGGUGCACGGGGAGUGGCGGUACUUCCGCAGCUGCGCCUACAUGGGCGAGCCGGGCAUCGAGGGCGACGAACGCUACUGCCUGAUGCGAACUGGCAGCUACAACAUCUUCAUGGAGUUCUGCACGUGCAACAGCAAGGACGGCUGCAACUCGGCGGGCAUCCAUCGGCUUGGUCUGAUGGGCGUGCUCUCUGGCACACUGCUCUCCGUAAUUGUGGCUCAUCUCCUGCGGCAAUAGGUGGAUCCUCCUGCUCCAGUUGUAGCCAAUGCCACGCCUUAUUUGCCGCAAGACUGUCCAGUAACUGGAAAGCAUCCAAAACUUCAUUAUUCGCUAACAGUUUAGCUUUUUUGCUUGUGUUUUCAACAUAGAUAUAAACUGGAAAAGUGUAUAAUUGCAACCGUGAGAAACCAAAUAUGUUUAAAAUUUGUAAAUGAACUUCCUUAAAAGUCCUUUGUUUAAUGUACUGACAGUCUUGUGAAAAAUGAGCGAUGUGUAAUCAAGUGCCUUUCUGUAAACGACUCGAAUCGUAACUUAAGCCUAAAAUACUAUCUCCGUCCAAAAAGUAUCUUACGCAUUUAACAUUCCAUCUCGUAAACUGAAUCUUGCAAUACUUUCUAUUUUCUACAUGUAUUUUGUAAUGUUUUUACAAAGAAACGCCUAGAUUUAGUCGCCAAAAGGCUUACAAGUUUUUAUUGUAAUGCAAAGACAAUUAGAACAUUUUUG